CAGUGUGCUGUGGGCACGUCGUUUGCGAAGGCGCUUGCUGACCGGGUGUCCAACCACUUCACUAAUUGACCGACCAACGCGCUGCUCCGCCGCUGGCACCUCCUUCCGCCCUCCUUUCCACCCUCCUCGCUCGCCAGUCACGCCGGGUCCUGCUGGCGGAAGUCAUGGCGGCGGGCUCUCUGCUACAUCCUCCUUGACAGAAACUCUCGCAUAUCAGUACCGACAGCAUCAGAUACGACAUCUAUAGCAGCCGUCGCCCAGCAUGACACGCCGCAUUGUCCGGACGUUGGGCCAAAUCGCCGCAUCGAUAGCUCUCUUCUGCAUCCUCGUCUUUUUCGCCGAUUCGCGCUAUCGCGUGCUUCCCAACUCGAUUCAUCAUGCUCUGCCGUCUCAUCAUGCCGGCACCGUCAUCACUGAUGUAACGAUUGCCUUUUGCUCUACGGUGAAUCCGCUUUCCAAAUGCCGCCUCGACGACAACAACUGGAAACGAGUGGAGAAGGACUUGCUGUUGGGUGGAGGCUGGAUCCGGAGCGCAUACCUGCAUGUGCAGCGUAAGCAGGAAGAGGAGCUCCUGAGUGAAGACAAGGUCGUUGUAGGCGUCCGUGUCAGCCGCCAGCCACCCGCUGCAGACGAAAAAGAAGAUGGGCGUGAGCCAUGGGAGAAACGACCAGGGGGCAUAUGGAUUCAGCGGAGCAGCAAAAGACACGAUAGCGAUUCCGAUCGAGCUGUGACAGCCAUCGACGUUCUCUUUGGCCCUGAUGCCAUUGAUCCUAGACCGAACUGGAUCCUGGAGAACACGCCUCUCUUCGUUGACAGUGCGAGUGCCAACUAUGCGCCCAGGCUGAGCACGCGACAUGGGAGACCGCGUGCUGCACAUGACACUCCGCCAGUACCACGUGUUGGCAAGGACGGCAAGUUCAAGAUUCUCCAAAUCUCCGAUGCUCAUCUGUCCACGGGCACUGGAGCAUGUAGGGACGCCAUUGGAGAGAAUGAUAAGCCGAGCGUCAGAUGCGAAGCCGACCCACGGACUCUAGAAUUUAUUGAGCAAGUGCUUGACGAUGAGAAGCCAGAUCUCGUAGUCCUCUCCGGAGACCAGGUGGAAGGACCCGCUGCUCCAGACACUCAGACGGCGAUUUUUAAAAUGGUUGCGCCACUGAUCGAGCGCUCGAUCCCUUAUGCGGCCAUCUUUGGCAAUCACGAUGAUGAAGGUCCACGUUCUUCUCCUCGCGUCGCCCAAAUGGCUCUGAUGCAGACACUGCCUCACAGCCUUUCUGAGCCCGGUCCGUCGAAAGCAGAGGGGGUUGGCAACUAUGUGGUGGAAGUCCUUGCGCCGGGCUCUCAGCACUCCGCACUCACUUUGUACAUGCUGGAUACUCAUAGCCUGACACCUGACGAAAAGCGAUAUAAAGGCUACGACUGGAUCAAGCCCGGUCAAAUUGAGUGGUUCCGAGAAACUGCCAAGGGUUUGAAAAAGGCACAUUCGAAAUAUAGCCAUAUCCAUAUGGAUAUGGCGUUCAUUCAUAUUCCCUUACCUGAAUACGGCGAUCGCAGCAACGUUAUGGCUGGAGGCGCCUGGAAGGAAGGUGUCACCGCACCCGGCUACAACAGCAAGUUCUACGAUGCGUUAGCAGAAGAGGGCAUUGUGGCAGUUGGCUGCGGGCAUGAUCAUGUCAAUGACUACUGUGCUCUCCGACCUCACAAGCAUGAGGUUGCCCGAGAUGUCGCUGAAGGACAGCAGUCUCAGAGUCAUCGUGAGAGGCUCGGCCCUUGGCUGUGCUAUGCAGGAGGGUCCGGCUUCGGGGGCUACGCUGGAUAUGGUGGAUUCCACCGAAGAGUGAGAGUGUGGGACAUCGACACGAACGCUGGCCGCAUGUCUACUUGGAAGAGAGUAGAAUGUUGUGGCGAGGACACAAAGAAGAAGAUCGACGAGAUUGUGCUCAUUGAUGGUGGCAACGUCAUCGCGCCAACGACUUGAUCACUUUUCAGGAAGUACAGCCGAAGCAGUCGUAUUCGAAAGUUUGCCUUGAACGCUCUGGCGUCGACAAGCUUCUCUGCAACCGAAAAAACGAUCUCGCUUGACGGUUGGCAUAGCCAUGGGGACACUCUUCACCUCGAACGGCACGGGAACAAUGACUGUUGUCAGAGAGAGUAUGCUCAGACCGGCAUUUUCUGAAAUCCUUGGCGAUCACUGAGCCAUUAAGUGUCCCAACUGUAGACACUGGCACUGCCCUGAGACAUCGAUACCGAAGGCCGCCUGAGACGAUUUGAGCCAAUGUUGCUGCCGCUAGCCUCGGCGAUCUUUUUCUAAGCCUAAUCUGCACUGUUCGCACGCGACAGUGCGGACAGGGAAAUACCAUGCACGUCUGGAAUAAGCACGAAAGCUCACGCGAAUAUCGCUGGCUGUAUCGGAACGAUCAUCAGUAAUCGACGACAAAUCAACGGCAUCCGA